GCGCAGAUUUGAGGGAGUCGAGAAGCCCUCUGCCGCGCUGCACCAUGGGAGUUAUAGUUAUUCCUCCCCCCGUCCCGCUUGCUCUCCCACGGAGACGGGAGGGGCCCGGGAACUCCGUCUCCCAUGAUGCCCAGCGGGCGACGCAAGUGACGCCAAAGGCACGCGAGGGAGGGAAGGAGCGACGAGGAAGCGAAGGGAAGAUGGCGGACGGGGCCGAGAAGCCAGCGGGGGCGCAAGCUGCCCCGGUGUCGUUCGGCUUCACGCGGACAACCGGGCGGAGGCGGUUUCUUUUCGUGACGGGGCAGGAUGGCGGCGGCGAAGCGAAGCAGGAGCCUGAUUUCCUCUCCGCCAUUGAGGGGCGCGAGUUGCAAAGGUAGUCGGAGGAGGAGGCGGCGGGGGUCGUCUGCGCGGCGCCUCAGUCGCUCGCUUGAGCGGCUGGUUUGGGCUGCGCCUGGCCAAGCCGCGCCUGUCCCUGGCGGGCUCGGUGGUGCCGCUUCUGGCGUGGCUGAGGAGAGAGACAGGCGGGGAGGGGGAAAUAUCCCCGCAUGCAGAAAGCUAGCGUGCCAGGCUCUGCCUUCGCCUUCUCUCCGAGAUGCCAGAGGGGAUGUCACAGGGCUUUGGAUUGUUUAUUUAUUUUAGAGUGUUGGUUCGCAGGUUUCCCCCCACCCCCGGGUCACACUUUCAGAUGAAAAAUUUGCUUGCAGCACACCGAUUUUUUUAUUGAAACAAAAAGAAACACCUCCCAGUCCUGGACCAGGGGUGAGAAAUCUGCCUGUCUCUUCCCUGUUCAUACUCAUGUUACUUAACCAUCCCUGAUCCUUGGCCAUGAUGGCUGAGGCCGACAGGAAGCCCACAAACAUCUGGAGAGCCACAGGUUGCCAAUCUGUUGCAGCUGCUGCACAAAACACUUGCAUCCCAAUGUGUGAUCUGGACUUUCCACCACAAAACAAAUACAGAGAUGGGUUCUCCUAAUGAACUUAAAUUCUUCACCUUGGCAGUGGAGGGAAGGGAGAGGGAAGGGUGACAUGGGGUCGUGAAAGGUAUACAGUAUUUUUUGUUGUAAGACACAAGUAUUUCUUAGCAAAGGACGACCAUUAAUCUUCAACAAUGUAGUGUUAGUUGCUGGUCAUAUCAGCAAGUGACAGUAGAUGCAAUUCUUACCUGUAUUACUGUUUUUGUCAGUCAUUUGCAGGCUCAGUAACCUUUAUUUUUUCCCCCUUAAGUUCCUCUGCAGUGCAUGUGAAGGAAUUUGAAAAAGUUUGUGUCCUUCUGCAGUUGUUGUUGUGGUCCAAAAUUGCUGUGUGUGUGUGUGUUUGUAACACAACAAAUUACCUGAAUGUGUUGGUUAGUGGUGGGGGAACCUCUGGCUGGUGGGCCUUAUUAAGUCCACCAGACCUCCCUGUUUGCCCUGAAAGGUUGUUUUGGCCAGGCCAUGCUCAUCUGUCAGUCAUCUGAUAGCACAGGACACUUAGAGCCACUACUGCAAACAGUGGCAGAUUCAAAAGAAAGAACCAGGAGUUCACUCUAAAUCAUAUAAUGCCAGGUGAUUGACAGGUGACCCCUUUUGACCUGUCAAAGUGUCCUGCAGUGGGUUGGCCAUAUCCUGCUCCCCACCCCAAGGGAAACUACCAAUCAGUAGUCCUGGCUCUACCAAUAUGUUUUGUUCAAAGCAGUUUCUGUUUCUUCCACCAAGUUUGAGGGCACCAGUUGAGUGAUGGAAUGAAGCUUGUCAGAAUUUCACCCCAUUGUACUUUGCUAUCCCUGUGUGGUCUUAAUUGGUGUAUGCUCCUCUGCAGUGUUCGGCCAGCCCCACAACCGAAAGAGCUUGUCAUUCCCCUGAUCCAGAAGAACAAAUGGAAGAAGCCAGAGGACCCUGCACCACCCCAGGAACAGGAUGGGAACAGCUGCGUAGAGGCUCAAGCAGUCAGGGAGCUCAUUGAAGGUGAGCACUCCUUACUCCACCUUCUUAGAAUUGCAGCCUUCUCCCAUCCUUGAGAACUGGAGCAGAAAACAUCAGGUUGGAUUUUUUUACCCCAUUGGUCAUCACAGUAACCAGACAGGCUAGUCACCUCACUCUUAGGCUAUGGAGGCAUAAGUGACUCUGAAUUGGUAGAAAAUGGUCCUUGUCAGUGGAGUUGACAAAAAGCGCUUCUGGUCACUAUUGCAACAUCAAGGUUCAGGAGGCACUCCCAAGGCUGUGAAGCUGAGGUCAGGAUUGUUGAUCACCAUCAGGCUUGCUUACUCCACCUCAGGUGACUGUUGACACUCCUUAAAAAUGAAGAUGUUAGUACAAAUAUCCAGAUCUUUUGGUUUUUGCAAACAGCUGUACUCUAUGCUGGACCUUUGUCCCGUCCCACCCCACAUCCGGCCUAGGAAGGACUGCUUGACUGAGGUUUCUUGCCUUAGCUCUGCAGUAUGUUGCUUAUGCUUCAGCUAAUUGUUUCGCCAUGCCCAGUAAGGACAUUAAAUCAUGAAAUAGAACCUAAUUGUUUUUAUCAUGGUUUGAUGAUUAUCAGUUUGUGGUAACACAGACAUUUUCCAUUUUUGUUGGAGGCACCAGUGUUGUGGAAUGCCCCCCCUGCUGAAAUAUGCAAGGCUGCUUGGUUUUGUCAUUCUGCUAGCUCUUCAAGACGCACCUGUUUAGACAAUCAUUCCCCUGAACAUGAACCUGUUGAUCUAACUGUUUUAAUUGAUCCUUUUAACUGCUCUAAUUGUUAAGCUUUUAAACCUGCUUGUUGUAUUUUAUUUUUUUGAUAGAAUUGUUUUGUGGCACGUUUUUAUUACGUGUGGAUAGUUCAUAAUGGGCUUUCAACUUGUAAAAUGUUUAGAAGCCAUUUUGGUGUGUGAGCAGUAUAUAAAUUAAUAAAUAAAAACAACUUGAUCUCUUUGCAUUCAGAAUCUAGGAAGUCGCGGGAGCAGUGGGAGAGUGGCACCAAGAUAGACCCUACACUUUCCAUUCCCCUCCUCAUGCAGAAUCGUGUCCCUGAUGGCUACGAAGAUGGAGAUAAAGUGGAUGUCAGCCUCCGACCAGAAUCGGUAAUAGUGGUGGUGGGUCUCUGUGGACAACCUUCUGAGCUCCUAUUCAGGAGAGUUUAAUACGUGUCCUCUUUUUCUUUUCCUCCCCUCACAUUGUUAGUCAACUGAGGCAGAUUAUGAAGAGAUACCAGUAGAAGCCUAUGGUCUUGCCAUGCUGAAGGGCAUGGGCUGGAAAGCAGGCGAGGGCAUUGGGAACACCUUCAAGCAGUGAGUCCUUGCUGAGCUAUUUGGGGAGUUCCCUCCCUUAAGUCCCCCCUUUUUUGUUUUUUUGUUUGUUACUGUGUUAUUUACUUUCAUCUUUUUAUAUUGUAAACAACCCUGUGAUCCUUGGAUGAAGGGUGGUAUAGAAAUUUAAUAAUAAAUAAACAGAAAAAUCUCAAGGAGCUAAUGGUCCAUAUUCUGGCAGUUCACAAAUAACUGAUGGGAAGGGAGAGGAAGGGUAUUGGAUGUGCUGAGGUUCAGAUAAUAAUUUAAUCUACUCUAGAUUUGGACUCCAUCCUAUUUCUGCAUGCUUGUGUGGGCUGCACUGCUGGGACAGUGAUAACUGAACAUGGUGGACUCCACAAGGACAUAAAGCAGGGUGUUUGGAGUGGCCUGCUUUGCAACUGUGAAACUCUCUUCACUUUGCUGGAAUGCUCCACAGCAUUAAUCCUUGCUGAAGCUACUUUUAUAAUGGCCACAAUUAAGCAGGUGGGGAGUAAUUUUUAACCCAUUUCUAGUAUUUUAAUAAAAGUUCUACGCAUAGGUUGUAUUGAACUAGGGGUUUAGUAUGAUCUUUAGCAUUAAGCCUCUGGUGUGGGCCAGCAACAGCUUGAACAAGGGUGUAGCCGAAGGAUUAUAGUUGAAAAUACAGAUAUGUAAGGGAGCAUGCCUUAUCUCAGUCCAAGGUCAGUUACCAAAAUAUAUUCUAAGCCAGUUAUGAGCUAAUAGUUUCGGUUCUGCACCAAAAAAAGUUCCAGGGCUUGAGGUUAGGGAAUGUGUUCCUAUGGGAGGCCUGUCACAUGUCACAGACAUCAUAAAGCAGUUUUUUUUAGAAAAAAGCUUCUGCAGGUUAAAGUAAUUCAGAGCCGAAGUGAAUUUAGCUGCAGUCCUAAGAAGGUUGUUGGAGGCAGUCAGAAGGGAAGAAAAGGUGGAGCUGGAGCAGUGUUGCUAGAGAAAGAGAGAGAGAGUGUGUGUACCCCAGGAAUGGGGAACCUUUGGUCCUCCAGAUGUUGUUGGACCUCAACUCCCAUUUAUCCUUGACCAUUGGCCAAGCUGGUUGAGGCUGAUGGGAGUUGGGAGUCCCUAAAGACUGGGAGGCUCACGGGUUCUCCACCCCUCCUGUAGCCAAUCACUUGGUAGAAUUGGCAUCGUUCUGAAUGCAAAAGUAAAGAAUGGUUUUCCCAGCUUAGUGGGUGAUGGGCUGUGGUAAACCCUUUGUAAAUGCCUCUGGCUUGGCAUGCCUAGCCCUCACUGGUAGAUGCGGCUCUGUAGCAUUGCAACCUUUGUUCCCAUGGAUGCUGAAAUCUCUCCUUUGAGACACCCCAAAUUUGCUUGGCGGAAACUUUCCCCGGUGAGUUGUGGCUGUGCCAAGAUUCAAGUCCACUGCUUCCAUGCCCACUUCUGUCCAUUAUGCAACAGUACAGGGUUGUCUUCUUGUGGGUAGAAACGCUGCCCCAAAUUGGACGGGGUCAGUGAUGUGUUUCUUUCUCAUCCCAUCCUGCUCCUCUUCUUGCUCACAUUAAGAGACGUGAAGCCUCCCGAGCACCGUCUUCGACCCAAGGGUCUGGGUCUUGGAGCAGACCGCUCAGCAGCCCAGGAUUUACAAUCCUCAGCACCCCGGCGACCCCCCAAACCUGGCGAGGAGCCUUCCAAGAGCAAGGAUGAGCCAUUGGGAUUGGUUCCAGGAGGUGCAGUCUACAUUGAGGCUGGACCUCACAAGGAGCUGUAUGGGAAGGUGAGCUGUUUCUUUCUGCGAACUCCUGCUAUUUGUCACUUUGUGCUCAGGUCUGUGUUGACCUGGGGUUUAGUAUUCUUCGAGCAAGCAGGAGGGGCUCCUGAGAGAGGCAUAAACAUUCACUAGGGAAGGCAUAUAGCCUCUACCCUGACUCUUUCCACCCAACUUAAUGCUUAUACAGCUCAGAAACAGGAUACUUGAAAGAGCGUCUCUUUAUAUUCCUAGUCAAUCUUACCCACUCUGCACAAUAUAAGAAUUGGGCUAUUAGUGCUGUGGCACCCAUCCUUUGGAAAAUUAUCCCCUGUUAAAUAUUAGCCAAGCACUAUCUGCAAUUUUUUUUUCCAAUUACUGAAGACAUUUCAUUUCCUACAAGACUUUUAGGUAGAGAUCUUUCCUAGUCUGCUUCUAUGUUGUAAUUGUUUUUAAAAUGUUGUAAAUAGGGUUUGUUUUUUUGCUUGUUGUAUGCCACCCUGUGCUGCUUUGGGAGGAAGGGUGGAAUAUAAAUAAAAUAACUAUGUGCAUCAUAAUCGAAUCAGAAGGCGGAGAAUGGACCCACCCACAGGGCACCUGUGACAUAAGACUGACUGGAUCCUGCUACCUUUUUCAUCAGGGCUGUGGGCUGAUACAGCUGGUUUUCCAGGUUUUAAUUGCUUCCUUGGGAUGUCUUUCUUGGUACCUAUUUGUAGGUGGUUGUGGUGGGGACUUCUCGGCUUCCUCAAAGUCUUUGUACUAGUUUGGUGGGGUCAGCCUAUUUUGGGUCUUUGAGUUGAGGUUUGCUUUGUAAGUUUUGCAGAAAGUAUAGGUUCUAUUCUUUGUUCCUGCUCUACAGGCUACUCAGUGGAAAGAGAUAGAUAGAUAGAUAGCUGAGCUUGGUCCAAUAUAUGAGCAAGGAUCAUAACAAAACUAUGCUCUGUUUUCCAUAUUUGCCUGUCUUUUUCCUACUUUGGGAAGAGAGUACUAUUUGUGGGUUGAAUCCAACUCCAUCUGUGCAUGAGCAGAAAGGACUUCCACUUGCACAACACAACUGCCCCUUUAUUUCUCUCCACCCACCUCCGCAGCCCUCUGUGUGCCCCCCAGAUCUGUUCCAGAUGAUCUGCCAAUCCUCCAGAGCAGAUUUUGAGGGUCAUGCAGGGGAGGGAGGAGCGGAAGGGGAAAACCUGUUAUGUUAGUAGAAGUCAACUUUAGCACCCACCCUGCAAAUUCUGCAUUUUUGUUACACCCAAGGCAUUCUGGGCAUUGUAGUUUUCUGAAUGACCUUUUGCUUCCCUCUUGCUCUUCCAUAGAUUGAAGGCGUAGAUGGAGAUAAUGCUCGUGUCAUGGUGAAAUUGGCCAUUGGUGGGAAAACAGUAACUGUGAGCCAGCACGGAGUCCGACCUGUGACCCAGAAGGAAUAUGAUAAACUGGCCAAAGACCUGAGUAAGUUUUGGCUCCCUUCCCUAAUGAGGUCACCUAAUGUUGCCUUCAGUUCUUCCUUUGUGAUCUAUUCUGGGGUUUCCGGUACAGAUUUGUGACAUUUGCCUGUGUCUUGCUUUGGGGGCUUGGGUUGCAAAUGAGCAGACAGCUUAUGCAGCCUCCCCCUUUCAGUCUGAGCGUCCCCUCAAGUUUGCUGUUUUUGCCCCUCCCACUGCAGGCCGCCUCAGUAAGGCCCACAAAGAGAAGGAGGCAGAACAGAGGAAUGGGACCAAGUAUGAAUCAGAACACAAAACUUCAGAGGACAAAAAGGAGGAGAAGGAGAGGAAGAGGAAGCACCCACCUGGGGCUGAGAGGUAAUGGCAUCAGUAUAGGGUGGGGCAACUGUGCUGCCAGUUCUGGAGAAGCAACUGUACUAGCAGCCUCUUUGCUGGCGGCUUAGUCAAGGCUAGAUUCUCACAGAAUGUCUCUAGCCUUCAAGAGGAGCCUCUUCCAGAACCACUGUGCAUCUUUUGACUUUGCUGCAAAGACCCCUCAGGUUAACUGACAGCUGUUGAAGCUGACAGUGGACUAGUUUGCAAGUCAUUCUAAGGCACAGUAAGAAUAAACGCUGGUUUAACCAUGAACAAGCUGCAUGCUGGCACUUGCGGAGAAACAAACUGCAAAUCUUGACUUAGUGUUAUGUGUGAACCAGAGCGUGUGAGAGAGUUCACCCAGCACCUGGUGAGCUUCUUUAGGCAGUGGAAAUUAUUCCUUUACUCCAACCCCCGGGCUGCAUUUUACUUGAUAACAAAGCUUUUCAUCUCAAUACAAUCUGGUACAGUUUAAACCAUGGAUCUGGAACCUGGGGCUCUCCAGAUAUUGUUGGACUCCAAAACUCAUCUGUGUGGGUCAGAGUGGUCAGAGGUGAUUGGAGCUAUCAUUCUAACAGCUUCUAGAACAGGCAUCCCCAACCUGCGCCCCUACAGAUGUUUUGGCCUACAACUCCCUGUUGGAAAAACGCCCGGGAAGGCCACCACCUUCCCAAGACACCGAGGUGUCUCUCCGGUGGCCACCCUCUGGCUGUAAAUCUUCCUCCAUCCAGAGAGACCGGUAAUAAGCGACCCCUCCCUCCUGAGAGGAACACACUCGUCUUCUGGCAUCUCAUUGCAGAAGAAAGAGACAAUCAGUAGCUAUAAACUACUUUAUUCAUCUGUCUAUAUACAGAGAAUCCACCAGCCUGUCUGCUCUCUCUGAGCAGCAGUACAGAAGAGCACACUUCACACAGAAGCGAAAGUAACUUUUUACAGUACUGAGACUGUGCUGAGACUUCCUGUCUCACGCUCUCAGACACUCACAUGAUAUAAACAACCAUUGUGCAGCUCGCUGAGCAGCUGGUGAGAUAAAAAUCCUAACACUCCCAUGAUCUCUAGCUAACAGGACCAGUGGUCAGGAAUGAUGGGAACUGUAGUCCAAAACAUCUGGAGGGCUGAAGGUUGGGGAUACCUGUUCUAGAAUAUAAGGAAAGCCCUGCAGGAUCAGACGGGUGGCCCAUCUAGUGUAUCAUCCUGUUCUCACAGUGGCCAGCCAGGUGCCCCAAAGGAAAUGCGCAAGCAGGACCUAAGCACGAGAGCACUCUCCCCAGCUGCAGUUUUCAGUGACUGAUCUUCAGAACAUACUGAGCGUGGAGGCAGAGCAUAGCCAUCGUGGCUAGCAGCCACUGAUCUGGAGGGCCACGAGUUACUUGCCCCUGGUUUUAGCGGCGAUCCCUCAUGAGUGGCAGUAAUACUUGACUGCUUCUGUGCCUUUUGCUCAUAGAGAUGACCGUGCUGUGAAGCAGAAUAAGGGUGGCGGUGGCAGCAGCAGCAGCAGCAGCAGCAAUAGCAAUUCCUCUUCCAGAUCUUCUCACUGGUUGCGGCGAGACCUGCGAGUCCGCUUUGUGGAUAAGCUCUUCAAGGGAGGCAAAUACUACAAUACCAAGGUAUUUCAUGGAAGUUCCCUUUUUAACAUGGGCCAGUUUUAUAGGAGGCCUCACUCAGCACCACCCCCCACUUGCUGCUGUCCCUUGAAACAGUUGCCAGCGCUGCAGCAGAGCAUGUGUGCCAUGUCUGCACCCAUGCCAUCUGUCAUUUGGGCCAUAGGAUGGAUUUCCAAAGUUAAUUGUCUUGAGGGGGUGGGGGACCCUUCAUCCAACGUUGGGCUACAGCGGGGCUGGGUUUUUUUUUGGAGAGUUGCUUAUUUGAAAACAACAACUAUAUAAAAAUGCAGCAGUUGCAUCAAAACCUCUCUGCACUCCCCCAUUAAAAGCUGUGGUGAUGAAGUCCUGAGAGAUGCUCGUGCCACUUCAGAAUGUGAACGCUUUCUACUGUAUUGAGGUUAAACUCCCUUUUGAUCAGAGUUCCCCACGCACCCAAGACCAAGCCUUUACCUGAGCUCUAAUCUUACGAGGCAAAAUGGCAUGAAAUCUUCUGCUGGCUUCUCACCCUACCCAACCCCACUCCCCUCCAGAUGGUAAUCGAAGAUGUCCUCAAGCCAGACUCGUGUGUCUGCCGAACAGAAGAGGGUCGCGUUCUGGAUGGUGAGUGUGUUCCUAUCCCUGGCCUUCCCUUGGAACCUGAGGCUGUCUUUGUGUAGUUAAACUGCCCUCGUAUAGUUAAGGUAGAAGAACAUUUCCCUGUUCUUAAGCAGUAAAUAGUAAGGACCAGAGUGCUUAAAAGGCUGGGUGCUUCACCCCACGCCAUUAGAACCCCAGUUUGUUUUUGGAGCCCCUCCCAAGUGGAUCCAGUUUGUCAUCUGCAGCUUGGAGGGGGAAGGGUAGAAAGUACAGGUGGACUCUGCUGCAAAGGGGCCUUCCUAUAGGAAAGCGAGAGAUUUCUCUCUAUGGCAGCCAAAGCCCUAGCUUCAGCCAAGGGUAGCAGGAGGGUCUUAGAAUGUGACUUGUAAUUAGAUGGAGAAACUGGGGGUGACCAGGCUAGUGGCCCCCCAGAUUGUUGCUACUUCAUCUGACCUCUUCUAAUGGCUGAAGUAGUAGCCUCUGGGAUAGCUCAGCUGGUAGAGCAUGAGACUCUUAAUCUCAGAGUUACAAGUUCCAGUCUCACGUUGGGCAAAAGUACUCCUGCAUUGCAAGGGGUUGGACUAGAUGGCCCUGUGGUCCCUUCCUUCCAACUCUCUGAUUCCUCCUUCCACAGGAAUUCACGAGUCCAUGCUGGAGACAGUUAUCCCUCGAAGUGAUUCGGACUUGGUCAUGGUGGUGCUAGGGGAACAGGCUGGCCGGGUGAGUCACAGAUCACGAUGGGUGGGACCUGAGCCAUUAGCACGAGACAGGUUGGGCCUCUCAUGAAAUGAACCUGGUAUUGAUGGCAGAGGAGCAACAGUGAAGUACUUUUUCCAGGUGCAAGAGAAUCCUGAGAGUUGCUGGGGAGGUCUCUGAGCUUCUCUUUAUAUUGGAAUAUGAGCUGCGCAAUUCUACUCUAAAAAAAACACACACAUGCAAAUUAUGCAAAUGAAGUGAGAGAGAUUCAAGAAAACACUGGACAGAGAACGACACUGGUGGGAGUGGAGGGUGGGGCUUCUUUGUUGUCCUGGCUUCAGAAACAUGUAGGCUACAUUCCUGAUUCAGCUUCCUGGGUGUAGCUCUUGAGCUAAGGCUUUGCUCAAAUGGUCUUCAGUGUCAAGACUCAGCCCACAAAUUCCUAACAAUAAUGUUCCAAUGUUAGUCCUACUUGGAGUGGACUCACUGAAAUUGAUGGACAUGACUAACAGAUCCAGCCAUUUCAGUGAAUCUGCUCUAAGUAUGAUGGUUGAAUACAACCCAGUGUCUCUGAACAUGUGUAGUGUGCUUUUCCAUCUCUUACCACAGCCACCUCUUGCAUGUAAAAAUGUCAUUCCCCUGUCACUCUAUAGCCCAUGGGUUCAAGGUGGCAAGCAAUACUUUAAAUUUAUUUAUUUAAAAUGAUGUGGGCUUAUGUCUUACAGUUAUUGCAAUAAAGAUGAUGAAUAAGCUACAUAAGUGGGUGCUAGGUGUGAUUGAUGGAAAGCAAUAACAGUAUUUUGAAUUUUAUCUGCAGACAUCUUGGAGAACAGAGUUGAAUGGUUAGGGUUUGUUCAUUUUUAAUCUAGAGUGGGGAAUAGGGGAGGGGGACUUUUCUCCUUUCCUUCCCCACACGUUAUCCCAUAAGAUAGCUGAUAUUGCAAAGAAAUGAGACACUAAGCUAACAUUUGUGUCAGUGUGCCUUUAAAAUAUUUAUAAAGCUCUGAUAUUAAAAACAAAACAUUCAGAGUGGUUCCAAACAAGAAAACCUAAACCAUAAUUAAACUAAUACAGUAAUUCAUAAACUUGGAUUAAAAAUGCAGUACACACAGCAGAUGGUAUGUGCCAGGCCAAUAUUAUUUAGUAGGCAAGGUCUGGGUGAUCAGAAGAUGUAAUUUAUAGUCAGCUUUUCAUUAAAAUCAAUCCCAGAAUGGGGUGCAAUAUACAAGUAUAUGAUACAUGAUAAAACUAUGAAAAACCAGACAGCAAUGAUAAACCAAAUUGGCAUCUGAACACUGUAAGAGUGACAAUAUUGGUCAACUAACCAAAUCCCUGGUGUAAAUAAAAAUGUGCCUACAAAAUGCCUAAAGCCCAUCAGCAAGGGCAGGGGUGCCGCUAUAGAAAACUCCUUCACACACGUCACCACACCUUGCACAGUCAGCAGGUGUGGCCCUGGUAAGAGGGUGUCUGUAGGCUCUCCAAAGACUGGCCUGGUGCAUAGGGCUUUUAUGUCCACAUAGGCACCUUGAAUGUGGCUUGAUAGCUAAUUGGCAGCCAGUGCAGCUCCUGUACACCUGGUGUUGCAUGUUCACAGUUAACCACUGUUCUCUCCAACCUUGCUGCCGUGUUGCUGCUUCUGAACCAAGCCCAAAAGCAGCCCUGCACUGCAGCAAUCCAGUUGCGAAGAUGCAAAUGCAUGCACUGCUGUGGCUAAGCUAUCCCUGUCCAAGUGACUCCCAUAACCAGAGCUGCAAACAGCAGGCAGUGUUUGCUGAUAAAGCUCAUGCCAAUGUUGAAAUCUUAACUUGAAAAGUCAAGGGCAGAAGGGAAAGUGGAGCUAAGCACACAUAUACGCAUGGUGUGUGAUGAUAUGCAGUGUGCAUGGAGAGAGCAGUGCAUGCUUGCAUCUGUUAGGUAAAGGUAAAGGUAAAGGGACCCCUGACCAUUAGGUCCAGUCGUGACCGACUCUGGGGUUGCAGCGCUCAUUGGCCGAGGGAGCUGGCAUACAGGUCAUGUGGCCAGCAUGACUAAGCCACUUCUGGCGAACCAGAGCAGCGCACGGAAACACCAUUUACCUUCUCGCUGGAGCGGUACCUAUUUAUCUACUUGCACUUGGCAUGCUUUCGAACUGCUAGGUGGGCAGGAGCAGGGACCGAGCAACGGGAGCUCACCCCGUUGCGGGGAUUCGAACCGCCGACCUUCUGAUCGGCAAGUCCUAGGCUCUGUGGUUUAACCCACAGCGCCACCCACGUCCCGUGCUUGCAUCUGUUAAAAAACACCCAAACCCUCUGCAGUCUCAGGCAAUGAAUUACUCUCUGCUCUCUCUCCACCUAGGUGGGCCGCAUUCUUCGUCGAGACAAGGCGCAGAGCCGCGCACUGGUGCAGCUGCAGCAGGAAGAUGAGAAGGUCUUGACGCUAGAGUAUGAUGCUGUCUGUCACUAUGUUGGUGGAUCAGAGGACGACUGAGCUCCCUCCAGAAUACAUAACAUCUGCAGGACAGAGGAACUCCUAGACUGAAGGGGCAGCCUUGUUUCUUCAGGGCGGGGAGUGGAACGCUGAGCACAUUAGAGGACAAUGAACAAGACUGCCUCCAUGUUUAAGGCAGGUGCUCAAAUCACCCCCACAAUUUUCUAGAGUGUUUUUUUUAAUAUAUAUAUAUGUGAGCUCUAGUUGUGAGGCUGCUUGCAAUGUGCACAGACUUGUUUCUAAACCAAUCACAGCACUCUAGAACAUGAGUGUCAAAGAUUGCCAAAGGCAAGAAAAUACACAGUGAAUGAAAUCUAGAGCACAGCCAAAUAAGUUGCGGGUCAACUCUUGUUCUAGAGCAGCAAGCAAUUAGGCUGGCCCCAGAUCAAAGCAGUCUAAAUCUGUCUGAUACAGAUCCAGGAUUCUCGGGGGCUCCUUAAUCAGUAAUACCUUUCGGUAUCUCUUUUUGAACUCUAGGCUGUGCUCUAGAGAUGGACUACUGCAAUUUGUAUGAUCUACAUAGGAGGGAGAGUGGUAUUGUGUGUGUCUGUAGGUGAGACAGCUUGCUCUUAAUCUAAAAAUGCUUUUGAGCAUUCAGGGAUGGAAUCUAAAAUAAUGUGUGUCUAUCCUGGGUUUUCCAGAAUGGUGCCUAUUGUUGCUGAUAGACCUAUGCUUACAGUGUCUGUGGGAAUAUAUCUUCAAGCAAUUCAUGGGCAGAAGAGAAUACACAUUGCCUUGUACUAAACUGAUGGUCUUUCAUGAGGACAAGAGAUGAGGCAUUUACCAGGGUAUGCCCAAAAGAAGGAAGUACACUUAUCUUAAAGUCAUUCUAUAGCAAUAGCUUCAGAAUGCUGACCUGCACAAAUUUGGUCAUCUUAACUGGGUGUCUGUGCACUCUAAAGAGUUGUGUAAGUGGUUACCUAAAAGUGGCAUGUGGAAAAUACAUGUCUUCCUAACUUGCUUUCAUCUGCUGCGGAAAUGAACAUGGGAGGACCCAGCUUUCAAAUGAACCAACUUCCAUGAAUUACUUUUUAGUUAAAUUGUGCUGUAAGCUGUAAAUAAACCUCAUAUUUUUCCUUCUC